UGGUGCGGCGGCGGCGGCGGCGGCAGGGAGGGCAUGGCGGUCUCUCGGAAGCUGGCGAUCCGCUUGGCCUACGCCGCCACCGGCACCGUCUCCGGGCUGUCGGCCUUUCUCGCCUGGAACCUGGCGCCCAGCCUGCGGCAGCCUUGCACCGCCGCCGCCGGCGGGCUCUCCGGUGUGCUGGCACUCUGGGCUCUCAUCACGCACGUGAUGUACGUGCAGGAUUAUUGGAGGACCUGGUUGAAGGGCUUGAAGUUCUUUCUCGUCGUCGGCAUUCUCUUCUCCAUCCUCGCUGCAGUCGGGUUCUGCACGUUCCUGGCGCUGGCCAUUACGCAGCAGCAGUCCUUGACAGAUCCAAAGAGUUAUUACCUGUCUUGCAUCUGGAGCCUCCUCUCCUUCAAGUGGGCCUUCCUCCUCUGCUUGUAUUCUUUCCGGUACAGAAACGAAUUUGCGGACAUCAGCAUUCUCAGUGACUUCUGAGACUCGGACUUUGAUCCCCCCCAGGGGAAUACGUGCAUUAGGGGACUGCUGGACAAUUUGAGCGAGUGCUCGGACCAGUAUGCCAGCAAGCAGGAAGCUGACAAGAGGUUGAAACCACAAACCUGCCCCACAUCCGCUUACCCGUUUGAUGGUUUCACUUGCGGGGGGAAGGGCUUUCUCCUCAACUGCUUUUAUCCAGCCGCUUGCUGCUCGUCCACUUCCAUCCAUCUUGUCCGCAUUACCUUUUUGCAAGAGUCAUGUUUUUGUUUUGAGGAAGGGCUCAAGAGUUCUGUCUCCUCGAACGCAACGAAAACCAGGAUUCCAAGACCUUGUAGGCCGAGUGUGUGUAUCUCUGUGUGUGUUUCUGUCCCCCAUUUUGCGUGUGUGGUUUAAUUUGGGAAGGCUGAAGCAACUGAUAUGCACACCCUAUGCCCUCCUUCAUAGCUCAUGUACUGCUGGCCGCCAUUUUGUGUUGCUCGUGAGGUGCUCCAUAAAAGCCCCCAAAAGGGCUGGUUUGUACUACUUUCAUACAGAUGUAUUUUCAUAGAGCAAGGCAUGAUUUCAUCCUGAGAGAACACUAUUUUGAACAAUGCUUCCUCCCUCUCCAUGCA